GAUAUAUGUGCUAUACUGAUUAUCGCUAAUAUUACGCGAUGUUUCUUCUGGAUCGGAGACCGGUUCGAGAAGGCACUCCUGAUCCAGUCGUUGCUUAUGAUCCUUGCUCAGCUGGGACUGCUAUACAUCUGCAUCCGAUUUCGACCCCUCACGAGCCCAGAAGCGUUGGGCGAGUCUGCCCGGCCGUUCAGGUUCUGGCAAUGGAAAUCCUACACCACAUACCUCGAGUUCCUUGCCGGUUUCGUCGGGUUACUGACGCUUGCGGUCCUCGUUUUGGGGAGGUAUCAGUGGUGUGUCGAGACACUGGGAUAUUUGGCAUUAGGGCUGGAAGCUACCAUCCCCUUGCCGCAGAUGUACAGUAACUUUGUGAACAAGACACUCUACGGGUUCCGAAUAACGACUCUCGGGGGAUGGCUGAUCGGCGAUACGUUCAAGGUAGCCUACUUUUUCAUCAAGAACGCCCCAAUACAGUUCAAGAUAUUCGCCAUCUUCUCCCUCUGCGUGGACCUCAUAAUCGCCAGCCAGCGGGUGCUGUACGGCUCAGCGCCCAACUUACCUGAAGACGAUCUAGGUGAGCUAGAGGAGGCACUGGCGCUUGCAGAACCGGACGAGUAG